UAGAAAAGACAAGUCGCAAUAAAAAGAGUGUCCCAGCAGUAAAAAAAAAAAGUGUUAAAAUGUAUAACAUCAAUGAUGACAAGGGCUGCGGUUACGACAAUGGCGCAAACCACGCUCCCAAAUUUAAAUCAAAGAAAGUGAGCAUAUUACGCAAUGCUCUUAAGGCGGAGAAAAGGCGGAACCUCUUACUUGCGGCUAAGCUGAAGUACCAAAAUAAAGCUAGAGCAAAACAUUUACGAGAAAUAAAGCAGUUCAAAGCCGACAUUGUCAAAGAGGCGAUUCAUUCAACGGCGAUCGAUAUGCAAAAUCGUGAAAACACCACCCUUUCUUCCUCCAUGAACACACUUUCGGCUGUUUCUAUAAAUAUUCCGGAGUGUAAACCAAUCACUAAUACGGAAGAAAUCGAUCGCAAAUCCUUCAAAGAUUGGAAAGAUUUGUUAGAAGCAUCUAUGGACCUCGCCGGUAUCACUGAUGAGUAUACCAAAAAUAAUGUUUUUAAAGUAAAGGCAGGACCUAUGCUGCUAGAGGUCCUAGACUCGACUCCAAAACAGCCAUUAUCUGAGACAUCAAACGCCCCAUAUUCAAACGCUAUGAAGCGACUGAACGACUUUUUCGGUUCUCGAGAAUAUCGCUUGGUGCAGCGGCAAAAGUUAAGAGCAUUGACGCAGGACGCGGAGGAGUCGGACUUAAAAUAUCUUAAGCGAGUGAUAGCCACAGCUAAAUUGUGCGAUUUUGAGGAAGAAAAACUAAUGGAAGGCGUGACAGAAGUUAUACAACUACAUGCGCUCAACGCCAAAGUGCGAGAGGCAGGUAGAAAGGUUCUACGCAAAGGAGGUACCCUAGCAGCUCUGGUGGACAAAAUUCGAGGAUACGAAGUGGAUAAGACAAACGAGGAAAUUUUCAAGAGGACACAUCAGCCAGCAUCGGACUUCAGAAUAGCGGCGGUUGCACGAAGCGGAGUCGAAUCGAAUUCCGCUGCUGGAUCCGGAACGGAACCGCGGGGAAGGAACUUCGAUUACCAAGGACAAUCCAGCUGGAGGAAUUUUGGGAAUCCCAGCAAUAAAUACGGACGAAAUAAUUCAAGAUACGAAAAUAAGUUCGUACCCUGCUGGAGAUGCUCCAGUAUAUUUCAUGUACCAUCUAAGUGUCAUGCAGCAAAUAAGAUCUGCCGAAACUGUAAGAAAACGGGUCACAUUGAACGUGCUUGCCGACAAAUACCGACACCAUCAAACACACUGAAACGUCGGAUCAGUCGGGACGAUGAAAGACCCGUCAUUACAAAGAAAAUCGCCACAGUGACUAAAGAUGAGGAGCAAAAAGAAGACACGAACGUCGUAAGUGACUAUUCCUCAUAAUUCAGCUUACCCGAUUGAAUUUUUAUCUGCCCAUGUUGUGAAUUUGAUAAACCAUAUUUUAUCUGAAGGAAUAAAUAGGAGUGAACUAAAAAAAAAAAAAAG